GCGCGGCGAUGGCGGCGGGCGGCAGCGACCCGCGGGCUGGCGACGUGGAGGAGGACGCCUCACAGCUCAUCUUCCCCAAAGAGUUUGAAACAGCCGAGACACUUCUAAAUUCAGAAGUUCACAUGCUUCUGGAACAUCGAAAGCAACAGAAUGAGAGUGCAGAGGACGAACAGGAACUUUCUGAGGUCUUCAUGAAAACUUUAAACUACACAGCUCGUUUCAGUCGUUUCAAAAACAGAGAGACCAUUGCCAGUGUCCGUAGCUUGUUGCUCCAGAAAAAGCUUCAUAAGUUUGAAUUGGCCUGUUUGGCUAACCUUUGUCCAGAGACUGCUGAGGAGUCCAAGGCUCUCAUCCCAAGGUUAGUACUGGGUAUGAUAAAUUUGAUGUGUUUUGUAUAUGUUCCUACAACUGGAAUUACUGUCUAAAAAGUGGGUGCAUUUAAAA